AUUCAUGCAGAAACCCAGAUAAGGAUAUACAACUUUAAAAUGUCUUCACAUCAGUGGUGUAACUGUUUUAAAAAGUGGGUGGGACAUGUGUGUGGUGGGUUGGUGUAAUUGUAAUUGUAUUUUUACAAUAAUAAAUGCACAAAAUGUAUUGACACAGACCUUAUGUUUAAUACGAUAGUUUCAUCCUUACAUCUCCUAUAAUACAAUAUAUCGUUAGUCUCGAGAGUAUUUACAGUAGUCAAUCAAUAUGUGGAUCAAGAAAUUACAUUUUCCUGAUGGACUAGUGGUAUAAAAGCGUGCUAGAGGUUCUGGGUUCUAAUCCGCCCUUAUAUCGUUUUUUUUUUUUUUUUUUUUUAAACCAAAGAUGUUCAAAAGUGAUUGUAUAUUAAAAGCAGGGUAUUAUAUUUGAAUAUUGUACUGUGAGUGAGCGUGUAUAUAUAAAAUCAUGCAAUAUAUUUGUUCAUUUGUUGCGCUAAACAACAAAUUUUCCAUUCCAUUGAGCUACUUUUUCAUUGUUUUUCUAUGUAAACAUGAGCUUGAUGGACAUGUUUGUCCGUUGAGUUAGCUUCUUGCUCUGCUGUGUUUAUUUGUUUAUGCUCGUAAAACUACUUCGUCAAGCGCGCAUUUGCAGUGUUGCCAUGUCCACUUAUAUGCAUCUUUAAGCUUGUAUUAUUUUUUCCAUAUUAAGUGAUGAAGUGACAACAGUUCAGCUGGACUGUGUACAUGGCCUUUGUGCCAGUGUCAGUUAUUUGAACGGAGAAAAGUCAACUGUUAACGCGAUCAAAAUUCUUGCGCAACUGGGGUGGCCAGAGGGGUGGGUAGCUACGCCCUUGUGUGCCCUUUCUAGUUUCGAAGGUCCGUGGUUAUUUGCUUCAAACCAGAAGGCGGGAACUGAACGGAAGCUGCUUAUCCUUUUAGUGCAGCAGAACUCUGGCAGCAGAAUAACAAAACUCGACAAGCGGAAACUAAGAAAGAUGAUGCAUCAAAAUGCAAGAGAAUUCAUUGGGACACGUUUUGAAGGACAGCAUUUGAGUCUGUCAGAUCUAAAAGAAAAGCCUAAUAUAGAAAACGGGUACAUGUAUGGGAAAAACAUUCCUGCUUAUCCUGAAUCUGUGGAGUUCCACAUCCAGAAAGUGUCUCAUGUCACUGGAGAACAAGGUCUUAGGGGUAUUUUUCUCAAUUCAGGCUUUAGACAGCCAUCAGAGCUGGUGGCUAAUGAUCAGCACCAUUUCCUCUGGUGGGCUUUAUCAGUCACAUCUGAUGACAUAUCCUCAGCUGAAGAGCGUUUCCUUAAGUCCUUGUUCCCUCGUCAAAGUCCUGCCCAAAUUCACAACCAGACGCCUGUCCUUGAGCACUUCACCAGCUCAAAGGCCUUCCAGAAAGAAUCUUCCUAUGGAAACUUCUGCUUCACUUUUUCAUUUAAGGAGCUUCUCUGGCACUAUGGUGAGCAGUUCGGUGGUGGCCAAAGUCCAGUCCUGCGUGUUUAUGAGACUAUGCUCUACAAAAAAGAGAUUCAAUAUACGGUUGUAGUGCAUCCUCGUUACGUAAAUAUUUAUGACCAUUAUCCUCGACUUCCAAAUCAUGGUGAUGGUGUUUGUGGAUACAGUGGUGGGGCCAUGUGGUGGCGCUGUCAAUCCCCCGCUGAAGCUUACAAGAAUGAGCUUGAGGUAAACAGUUUUGAAGGAAGUGUUAGUGUGAGCCCUCAUCACAAAAUAUACUAUGUGUGGGAUCAUGUGUGUAUAGCUUUCCACAUGGAGCCGGGAUGGGUGCUGCAUGUAGACCAGGACAGGCUGUUUAAAAGAGUGAAUGUGUGUGAAAUGUGUAAGCCUUAUCUUCUGAGAGGCCCAGACACUAAAUUGAGUUUACACGAGGCUGAGAUUAUACUAGCUGAUCUUAAGGCCGGUGUUUGGAGCUAAGCACACCAUGCAGAUAUUACAUUCACAUGGACUUACAGAGAAUAAUUAUGCCACAAACUUAUGCAACAGUUAUCCUAACUAUGUUUAUCUAGUUGCAGAUUAAUCUAAUGUGUUUUUUUGUCUUGUUUGAUGAUUGAUUUAUUAAUGCACCUUUGCACUGAUCUUUAUAAUUAAGUGAAGAACGGAGCACAUUUUAGCAUUCAUGCAGAAACCUAGAUCAUGAUAUGAUGAGCUUUUUUAUAAUAUAAUAAACUUUUCUGUAUGUAUGUUCACUUUGGAUUUAGAACUUUUAUUAGCUAUUUUACAGAGUUAAAAAUGUACUUUUAAUUCUGUCCACCAGAGGUCUGUAACUGAUAUCUGGUUUUAUUACUUUGUCCUGUCAGUAAUUUGUCACAUUUUUUUUUUUAAACCAGAACCUUCCUGUAUUUUUUUUUUUUUUUUUUGUAUUCUUAAAUGUGGCUUAUUGCAAUAAAAUCUCUUCAGCUUAAACCAA